CGGUGCUGGUUGAAUGGGCCGAGCGGCCGGUGGGGCCCGGGGACUGUGACCGUGUCUCUGUCUCUGUGUGUGUUCGUGUCCCUGUGUGUGUGAGACCCGGGCCGGGGCCCAGUCAACAUGGAGCUCGGCUCUUCAAGGAGUUGAACAAUUCAAAACAACAACAACCAGAAAAGGGGACGGUUCCAGGCGGGAUUCCGAAUCCGCGGCGGCGGCGGGGCCUCCGUUAGUGACCGAUCGGCCCCUCUCUCCCCUCCCCGCCCCCCCCGAUACCUCACACUCCUACCCACCCCCAGUUACCCCAGACUCCCUCCCCCUCUCCCGUCAAAUUUCCCAAACUCCCUCUUGCCCCACCCCCUAGACCCCCCCAAUCUUCCAAAUAACCAGUCUCCCCUCCCCAUUGCCAGACUCCCCCCUCAAAUAUUCACACUCUUUCUCCCCCAAAUAUCUAGACUCUCCCUCCCCCAAAUACCCCAGACUCCCCCUCCUCUAAAUCCCCAGACUCCCCCCUACUCUCUCCCCCAAAUACCCCAGACUCUUGCCCUCUUCCCCCAAAUACCCCAGACUGUCUCCUCAUAACGUGCACCCGUCUUUCUCCGAAUAUCCCAGGCUCUUUUUUUCCCUGCACCCCAGAUACACCUCCUCCCGCCCACCCAAAUAUCCUGUCCUGUCCCUUCUUUACACCCCCACUACCCCAUCCCACAUCCACCAAACUUCCAAAACCCUUCACCCCUUCCUACCCCCCCACACCAAAACGCUCCAGCUCCAUCCUUCUCCCUGUCCCCCCGCCUCAGCAUCCUAGAUCUCUUCCCUUGCCCAAACACUCCUCCAAACCCGAAUUCAGCUCUGUUCCCCUCCCCUCACCCCCAAACCUCCUUUCCUCAAUCUGCAUUUCCCACACUUGCCAACUUCCUCCCUCCCCAUCCCAAAACAAACCUUGCCCCCUCUCUCUCCUUCCACCACUUAGCCUGUAUUUCACUGCUGCACUCCCCUUUCUCCCCCAAUCUCUCUCUCUCUCUCUGUAGCGUGCUCCCCACCCCCUUUCCCCAGGGCAGGAUGGAUGACCUCAGCACCAUCAGCCUUCUCUCCUUGGCCAUGCUAAUCGGCUGUUACGUGGCAGGCACGAUCCCUUUGGCAUUCAACUUCUCUGAGGAAAGGUUGAAGUUGGUAACGGUUCUUGGCGCUGGACUUCUGUGUGGCACAGCUUUAGCCGUGAUUGUUCCGGAAGGGGUUCAUGCACUCUAUGAGGAUGCUCUGCAUGAUAAACACACCCAUGGAGGUGAAGCAGAGAAGGUGGAGGAUUCGUUAAAGACAGGACAGUCAGCAGAGACUGAGCACGAUCACGAGCAUAUUGCUUUGCACGCCUACAUUGGGGUUUCGCUGGUCUUGGGUUUUGUUUUUAUGCUGCUGGUUGACCAAAUAGGCAGUUCUCACAUGCACUCCAGUGAGGAUCCAGAAGCUGCAAGAACUGCCAACACCAAGAUCACCACCACACUCGGACUGGUGGUCCAUGCAGCAGCGGAUGGCAUUGCAUUGGGUGCAGCAGCUUCCACCUCUCAGACGAGUGUACAGUUGAUUGUAUUUGUAGCUAUUAUGUUGCACAAAGCUCCUGCUGCUUUUGGUCUGGUUUCGUUCCUUAUGCAUGCAGGCCUCGAAAGGAAUCGAAUCAGGAAGCACCUUCUGGUGUUUGCUUUGGCAGCACCUCUGCUCUCCAUGGUCACUUACCUGGGCCUGAGUAAGAGCAGUAAGGAAGCACUUUCGGACGUGAACGCCACCGGAAUAGCCAUGCUGUUUUCGGCAGGGACUUUCCUGUACGUAGCCACCGUGCACGUGCUCCCAGAGGUGGGAGGCAGCGGCCACAGUCACAAGGCCGAGUCCGGCGGCAAGGGACUCACUCGGCUCGAGGUUUGCACUCUGGUGGUGGGCUGCUUGAUUCCAUUGGUCCUCUCCGUGGGUCACCAGCACUAACCAGCGCCGGAACAAGGAGGAGCGUGGAUAAUGACGGUCUGACAGUAAUCCCAUUGCAGCUGAGCCUGAUUGCUGCGGGCUUUGGGAUUUCCCCUCCUUCGGUUUGUUUUUUUUUUCUUUAACCGCGUGGAAUUCCCAAUGAAAUGGCAUUGGAAAGAUGAAGUAUAUUGUAUUAAAUUUGGCCAGGUUGCAACCAGAAAGUCCGGAAGAAUUCCCACCGUGUAGUCUUUUUGAAAAGAUAAUUGCGUUUUAUCUUUGCCUCCAUGACAAAGUCAGACAUCUGUUAGUUCCCGGCCCAGCCAAAUGAGGGAGUUGCAAGUUUAACCAAAUAGUGUCUUGGCGCAAAGGACAGAAUUCAGCCACUUAAUAAAUUAACGAAGAACUUGAGGUGCGUUAGAGAUAAUCCAUGGCAUUAAUCAAGCCAAGGGAAUUAACACCGGGUUUGGUACAUGGUUUGUGACAUAUAAUUGUUACUGAAUUUUAUUCAUACGUGUGUAGAGUCUUCACAUUCAGCUGCGGUCUUCAAGUUUGUAGCCUGUACGUUUCGCCUGCUAGUUCAGUGUCUUGUGUGCUCGAUAAUCCGAGUUUGAGGAGCUCCUGUACACGGAGAAGGUUUUGUUUAAAAGUACUUUAAUGUAAAUGGUGCAAGAGAAAAUAGCCCGGAUUUUGAUUUUAAGUGGUUAACCAUAUCACACCACAGGUGGAGGGAUGAUGAUGGUGGUGGAAGCACCCAAAAGGUAACAUUGGAUUGGGUUGAAAGAAAGGGUAACACUCUGUGCUGGGUUAAGGAUGGGAUAAAGUUUGAAGAGUGGGCAUGGUGUUGGAUGGGCUAUAGGUAUGGAAGUACAAUUGUGGGGUUACCUUUGACCCUUCAUCAGAAUGACGUUUAACUUGUCGGGGGGUGGGGGGGUGGGUGGAGAAGAUGAGGUGAUCAGGUAGCAAGGAAUGCUCUAGAAGUUGGUGGGAGGACUGGCAUGGCAGGUGCUGGUCUUGGUAGCUGUCCAUGCCCAGCACUGAACAAUUGGGAAAGGUUUUUAUCGCUCACUGAUAGUUAAAAAUGUGAAGAGUGGAAUAUAAUUAGUAUGACUGUGCUGAGUUGUGACUAUUUCUUGUUCUGAACCAUGUUCUAUUGCUUCAGUUGUUUUAUGUGAACUGAAAUCAUUCCAUGGAUGAUUGCCUUAUUAUUCCAACUCUCUUUGUGCACAUUAACAGAUGUUGCAAUUUUUUUUUGUUUUUAAGAUAAAUUAUCUAUAAAUAAAUUUUUAAUA